UUGAAAAAGAUGAACAUAAGGUGUCUGUAGUUGAAAAAGACGAAUAUAAGACGUCCAUAGUUGGAAAAGAUGAACAUACGGCGUCUAUAGUUGGAAAAUUUGAAAAAGAUGAACAUAAUCCGUCCAUAGUGGUAGCUGAAAAAGAUGAACAUAAUCCGUCCAUAGCGGUUGCUGAAAAAGAUGAACAUAAUCUGUCCAUAGCAGUAGCUGAAAAAGAUGAACUUAAUCCGUCCAUAGCGGUAGCUGAAAAAGAUGAACAUCCGUACAUAGUGCUGAAAGAGAUGCGAUAA